AUGGGCAAUUUGUGCGCAAGUGUGAGAAAUUCAGAGUUAACUGUUGAAGAUGCCAGCGAAAUUCUAUCUAUAAAAAUAGAUGAAAAUGAAGUUAUUAUUCUUUAAGGAGAUAUAAGAGAAACUCAAAAUAAAAGCAUUUUAAAUGCUUGCUUUGAUCCUUAUAACAACCUCAUUUUAAAGCAAUGCCGAGUUAAACCUGAGCAAUUGAAAUUAGGAGUGCCAUCCUUAAUUUAAUUGCCAAGAGGAAUCGUUAAAUCUGAGUUUAUGAUCAACUUGAAGAUCAAUUUUGAUGAAUUCUCUAAAUAAGAUCUAAUUGAUGCUUUUGAGGAAAGCUUCGAACAACUAUAUUUUAAAGAAAUAGAUUCCAUCUCAUAUUACGAUUAAUGUGAAUAGUACAGCAAGGAGAUUUAGAUCAUCAAUUGUGAAUGUUUCAUAGAAGCAUUAAUAAAUGAACUGCACAACAACAGACGCUCGAGAAAAUAUUGUAUAUAUCAUCCAAAUCUAAAUAUUUGUUUGAUGUACAAAAACGAAUUCAAAUCCUAAUACUCCUCUUAUUGUAGAACCAAAUACUCCAUGAUUGAACCACAAAAUUUUAUUUAUGGAGACGUACUCCAAACAAUCCAUGAAGAAUUCACUGAAAAGAAUUCAUAGUUAGCCUUAUCAAUAACUAAAUUAUUUAAAGAAUAUCCAUAAACAUAUGAAAAGAAAGAAAGCCUUGAACAAUUUGUACCUAAGAUGACUGCUUUAUCCUAAAAUUGA